CUUCUCCUGUCAGGCAGCUAGGGGCUACAGCUAGCUCCAAACUCACCUCCAAACGGUUUAAAACCCCCUUUCCCCGUUUUUAUCCAAAGAUCCAGCCUAGCGGACCCUCCCGUGACCAAGAUGGUCGUUCUAACGGAUAACCAUGAAGAUGAGGACUAUAUCCUGAUGCCUGAGGAGCGUAAAUCUGUCUCCUUGCCCUGCUCUCCAGCCAAACGAGUGUCCCCCAAAAAGAAACAGUUCUACAUCAACCAAGCCAUCCGCAACUCAGACCUCAUCCAACGUGCCAAAGGCAAGAAGAGCCAGCGGCGGCAGGAGAACACGCGCUACCUGGCUAACCUCCUGGAGAAAGAAGAAUGCUGUUUGGAUGAUCUGGAGCUGGGGAGUAAUCCAGCCAUUCCCACCAUUUUCACCGAGGCCUGCAUCAAUGGGAACUAUGCAGAGCGCUGGAGCAACUUCAUGAAGUGCUCUGGAGAGGAGCAGGAGCAGCUGCUGGGGCUGCUAGAGCAGGAGCAGGCCCAGAGGAGGAGUGGAGGAAGAUUUCUCCAGGACCACAGGAACGUAAACCCAGCCUUCAGUGCUCAUGACUGCUUCCAGAGGAUCGACCGCAGGCUCCGGGCCACACUCAGGAAGAGACAGGUCCCUAUUGGGACAGUGGAGGUGCUGGAGGAGAAGCUGCUGAGCUUCUUCAACACUCAACCAACCUCCGUCUACACCACCAGCCUCUCCAGCAGCUUUGAGCGUCUGCUGCUCCAUGCCGUGUGCCAGUACAUGGACCUGGUUUCUCUCAGCACGGACUCCAAUGGCUCACGACAGACUGAAGUGGUGAACAAGCAGAGCCAGUUCCUUCCCCCAUCACUGCUGCUGUCGGCCUACCUAGAGAGGAUGAGCUGAGACCGCCCCACGGCUCUCUGGAUUCAGGGCAUAGCAUUACAGCACAGUUUCAAAAUUGGCAUGUUGAAGGAAUUCUAUCAUAGGGCUGUAGUUUACACAGUAGAUGACAAAUGGAAUUCUCUUAAAUGUUUCUGAUUCUAUGUUAUAAUGUUGUUUUCCCCAUCAAAAAACAUGCCUGGAGUUGUGUGUUGUUUCAUCCACACAGAUUUAUCACACAAAUCCUGCAUAUUUAUGGAGGAGGUAAUAACAUUCUAACAUGGAGACAAGCAGGUGGAGGAUCUUCCCCUUGAUUUUCAACAAAAAGAUGAGCUUGACCAACUGAAAAACUGUUGACAAAUGCUACCUAGCUUGUGACUGUAAUGUUAUUUGAGAGUGACUUGUUUAACAGCAUAAAUCAGCUCACCAGUUGUAGUUUCAAGUCAGACUUUAAUCUGAGGUCUUUAACAAAGAACUAACUUUAGGAACAGAGCUUCAGACAGAGCAGGCCUUAUAGUUGGUUAAUAUUUAAGUUUAGAAAGAGGAAUGGUGCUUAAACAUGCAGUGUUCCCUAGAAUUGCUUUAACAUGCCGAUAACCUGUUUACAACCACAGGUCACAGCCAUAUCAUUAACAAGGUAAUAUUAUAAAAGUAAUGUCUCUGUCACUUGUUUUAAAGAUGCUCAAACACUGUAUGAAAUGUUACAGUGAGGAGAUGAAGGGUUAAACGUUACAUUGUAUGAUUUGUACAGUGAGCUAGGCUAAGCUCUUCAGAUUGUUCACAUCACCACAAAGAUCAAUGCUUCAAGUUAUAGUGGAAAUAAUAUAUUUAUUUAAAACGGUUCUUCAGAGCUGUCCACACCUGUUAGCCUGGUCAGAUACACAGCUUGCUCUUAUACAAAAUCAGUCUGGUAGACCCUUUUCACACUGCCACCUGUAUAGUUCUUUUAAAAAGUGCCGAUCCGCACUUACUGCUCCAGUCAUUCUCUAUGAGGAAUUAGCCAAGUCGGGCUAAAAUAAAUUGAUAUUUAAAUAUCGAACAGCGAGUUAUGGAUGGAUCACAGACAGUAAAUUAAGACCUUUACUAUUAUGUAAAUACUUCACCAGACGAAGUACAAAAGUAGGUAUUUGUGUCCUGAAGCUAAUGCUAACUGAAAUAAAAAUGUAUUGUUAAAUAAUGUUAAAAUAGUGUCACAAUCUGAAUUACCUUGCGGACAAAACAAUCUUUGAGACACACUACUACACACACACUGUCAUUUGAAGUAGUGUGAAGUAGUACACCCUACUUCAAAUGACAGAUCAAGCAGUACCAGUCUGACUUUUUCUGUAGAACGAAGCAGUCACAUUGCAGACCAGGCUACACAUCUGUGGACAUACUCAAAUCUGUUAUAGUUAAUUUUGUUUAAAGCAAUGAGCAUUUUUAAAUGUUUUAUUUAGUAUUAACUUCAUACUUUCAUUUGUACUUUACUUGGGUACAAUCUCUCAUCACUUUUAAUACUCUUCAAAGACUAGAGAGGAAGAGUUUCUUUUUUAAACUCAAUUCAAAAUCAGUUAAAAUUAAAUGGCUUCAUAUCAACAAUUCAUAUGCAGUUAUAGCAGUAGUACUGUAUGUUUGAAGUACCAGUAGUAAUAGAGAACAUCCCACAUAGGUUAGCAUUAGCAACAACUUAAUAGCUAAUUGAACUAUCCAUAAAAAUCUCAGUGUACAUUUGGCAGAAAUUUGGAAACCGUUUUAUACUUACACUGCUUUAUACCAAUGAAAGCACUUGAAUUCUAAUAUUGAAUGUGAAUAUGGACUAUUUUUAUGUUAAACAAUAGGAUUUUGAAGGUGCUUUAUUGACAAACUAUAUCACUGCCUCAAAGGAGUUAUACAAUGUCAAAAAAUCAUCAAACUACUUUGAUAGGAAAGACAUGUUGAACUGUAGUAUUCAUAGACUUUUUGGAAGGUCCUCUGGUUUAAUUUCUUACAAUUUGACAUUUACUGCCAACUUUAUCAAUGUACUGUGUAAUAUAGACAAAGCCAUAAUUUGACAGUUAGUAUUUGUGUAUGAAAUAUGAUGAGUUUAAAGGAGCAGUUUAGAUGAAAUAGGUUAAAAUGAUAUGAAUUCUGAUUAUUCAUCUUUAAGGAACUGUGUGUACGAUUUUGAUUUUACAUCUCAUAAACAUGAUUUAACUGUGUCCCCAGAUACAAAGUAAAUGUGUUCAGAUCAAAUAUAACUUUUACUGGUAACAAUUCCAAUGCUGAAUUAUUCUUUAAUUACAAAAACUUUGGACAUGAUUAAAUCUAGUUUGUCUAAACCUAAAAGGACUCUCUCUGAUCUGAAUUGUCUCUGCCUAAACCCCAGCACAAUCAUUAAUCAGUGCUAGUGCAGCAUCUGCAGCAGAUUGAGGCAUGGAAACCCAGGUUCAGUUGUGAUUGUAGUGCAGGCUACAUACAUACAUACAUACAUACAUACAUACAUACAUACAUACAUACAUACAUACAUACAUACAUACAUACAUACAUACAUACAUACAUAUAUACAUAUAUACACAUACAUACAUACAUAUAUACAUAUAUACACAUACAUACAUACAUAUAUACAUAUAUACACAUACAUACAUACAUAUAUACAUAUAUACACAUACAUACAUACAUAUAUACAUAUAUACACAUACAUACAUACAUAUAUACAUAUAUACACAUACAUACAUACAUAUAUACAUAUAUACACAUACAUACAUACAUAUAUACAUAUAUACACAUACAUACAUACAUAUAUACAUAUAUACACAUACAUACAUACAUAUAUACAUAUAUACACAUACAUACAUACAUACACAUAUACACCCACACACACACACACACACACACACACAUACAGUUCCUUUAAUUUGAGUAUUCUGGUUCCAAAAUAAUUUAGGAUGAAGUGAGGCUUACCUCAUUGGCAUGAAAGCUUAAAGAGGGGGUGUUUUUACACAGAGAGCUUUCGACCAUGUUAUAAAGUGGUUCCCUCAACAAAAACAUGCCUGAAGCGGUUUUAGAUGGCAUCCAUGCAUGUUGAGUAUUUGAGUAUGAUAGUAAAAGCCAAAGUUAAAUCUGUCAAUUGGACAAAAGGUUGUAGGAGUGAAGACGUUUCGUUGCUCAUCCAAACCACUUCUUUAGUUCUGGUCAGAUUACUGGCAGUGAACUGCCUUGUAUCUAUCUGCAGGGAGGCGUUAACGUCUUGGAAACUGUAAACAAUUGUUAUUUAUAGUUUCAGCCUUAAUGGGCCUACUGACUAGCUCUAGUGUUCCCUUUGUUUAAUUUGUUUGCUUUGGGUCUGAGGAUGGAGUUAUAUAUGGGGGACAGGUGAUGUCUAAGGCUCCCAUUCCUAUUCAAGGAAACAAAACAAACUAGCUGUUUACAGUUUCAGUGUAGUUAGCUCCUCCCUUCAGACAGAUAUAAGGCAGUGUCCACCAGUGACCUGACCAGAACUGAAGCAGCUUGGAUGAGCAGCGAAACAUCUUCACUCCUACAACUUUUUGUCCAGUUGACAGAUUUUACUUUGGCUUUUACUAUGGAUCAGACCUGGACGACUGAGGGAUUACACAGAUAUUUGAGUAUGAGUAUUUUGCUGUCUCUCCUGGGCCCCAUUCAAACCCUCCUUACAGUUAGUUGUAAGAUUCUGUCCAAUGCUCAUUCCAUAAGCCUACGUCACCCAUGCUCCUGCAUGACAGUUCUCCAUAAGUGUACAAAAACAAGGGAAGGGGAAGUGACUUAGCAUGGAGAGCAAAGGGAGGGGUGACAGCUUCAAAUACAAAAUUGAACAUUAUAUAUUUGGUGGAUAUAGCAUUUUCAAAACAAUAAGGUGUAAAAUGGUGAUCAAAAUAUGUUAUGUGUUAAUAGUUAGUACCCCAUAGAAGUAAAAUACUCCCUCUUUGUAAUAAGAAGAAAUGUAUUAUGCCAUCUGUGCCAAACCGCCAGCAUUUGGCAAUACACCUCCAGAACGGUGAAAUAAACCUCCACACUGCUCCUUUUAAACAUCCUUAUUGUAAAAUGUAAAUCAUUUAAGCACAAUAUGCACUCACUUAGACUUUGAAUAACAUAACAACAGCCUCUUAAAGGUCCAGUGUACAUAUAUUUAACUGGAACAGAGCACUUGCCUUAUACGCACUCUUCUGCUUGUGUCUGUAUCUCUGUAAAUUUCUACUCUUUGGAUUUGUAGAUUCAUACGUGCUUUAUUUGUACCAAAGGAUUGUGUAAUGUCAUCUCUCAGGUCCUGAUUGUCGUUAUUAGUUUAAUCAUCUCUGACCGGUGCCAACGUCUGCGAGCCUCUGCUGUCCAAGCUUUACUCAGAAGACCGGAAUGCAUUAUAAGAAUGGUUUACACUAGAGCAUGUUUAUAUAAGACUGUAUAUAAAACUGUUGUGGGUUAUUUAUAAUGGUGGACCUCUGCAGCCAUUAAAGCUUUUUAAGAGAA